AUGCCUGAACUCAAGGGUCGAGCGCUUUUGCUCACUGUUAAUCUUCUUACCUCCCUCGGGUUCAUGUUGAUUGGGUACGACAAUGGACUCAUGGGCGGUCUGGUCGGUGCGCCGGCGUUCAGGAAGACGUUUGAUAAUCCGUCGUCGGACAUGAUUGGAACUAUUGUUGCUAUUUUUGAGAUUGGUUGCUUUGUCGGAGCCAUGGCCACAGCUUUCUUCGGAGAGAACCUUGGUCGCCGCAAGAGUGUCGCCAUCGGAGCCGUAAUCAGUAUGAUCGGCGCCCUUCUACAAGCCACCGCAUUUGGCCGAGCCCAUCUCAUUGUCGGCCGCAUCGUCUCUGGAGUCGGACUCGGUAUAAUAAACUCUACGGUGCCCGUCAUGCAAGCCGAGUUCAGUCCGAAGACCAGCCGCGGUGUUUACGUCUGCGCACAACUUUCCACUUUGAACUUUGGUAUUUUCCUCGUAUACUGGAUCGACUACGGUUUUGUCAACCACACCUCGAGCUAUGCUUGGAGAAUUCCGACCAUCCUUCAAUGCAUUAUUCUGUUCAGCAUUCUCUUCCUUACAACAGUCAUCCCCGAGACACCUCGAUGGCUCGCGUCACACGAUCGCUCAGAAGAGUGUCUGUCGGUGUUGGCACGCAUCCAAGGUACCAGCGAAAACGACGCUGUAGUCCAGAGACUCCACCAAACCAUUACUGAAACCGUUGCCUACGAGGCGUCGCGACAAGCUGGCUGGAAGGAUAUCUUCAGGAGCGACCCUAUCAAGUCGAGGAGGCGUUUCUUGAUUGCUUGUGCUAUUCAGAUGUUCCAGCAACUCGGUGGUAUCAACGCUAUCAUCUACUACUCUGGCACUCUCUUUGAGAAGAGCAUCGGAUUCGACACUCACAUGUCCGCCCUCAUGAGUGGUUUCCUGCAAACCUGGUUCUUCGUCGCAUCCUUCAUCCCCUGGUUCCUAAUUGACAGGAUCGGCAGACGCCCGCUCCUGCUAUCCAUGAUCAGCGUCAUGGCGGCCGUCAUGGCAGUACAAGCUGCUCUUAUCUACCAGGUGCAAUUCAAGACUGCCUCGGCUCAUGGUGCGGGUAUCGCUGCAGCUGCCAUGCUAUUCAUCUUCCAGGGAGCGUUCACCAUUGGUUUCCAAGCCACCGUUUGGGUGUACCCAUCUGAAAUCCUUCCCCUCCGCCUACGUCAGCGUGGUUCAGCUAUUUCGACGGCAGCGAACUGGAUUUGCAACUACAUCAUUGUGCAAAUCACACCCCACGCUAUCAGCAACAUCGGAUGGCGCACAUACAUCAUCUUCGCCGUCCUCAACGCUCUCUGGGUCCCCAUCAUCUACCUGUUCUUCCCUGAGACCAGGGGCUUGGAACUCGAAGACGUUGACCGUCUUUUUUCUCACGGGGAGAGCCACUCCGAGUUGCUGGAGAAGAGCAACGAUACGGAGCGAGUGGAGAAGAUAUCGGAUGUGAAGGAAGUAGAGCUAUGA